AGGGAGAGGUUUGUGUGGACUUGUAUCAAGUGCCGACGUCCAGUAGGAACAGCAGCAACACACCGUUGGCGCCCGGGCGAAGAGCCGCCAUGGCUGCUCCGUCGUCCGUUUUGAGUUGUGGGGUAAUUGUCUUUCCUGCUGCUGCUGCUGCUCACGGGCUGCGCCCACCCCAGGACUUUGAGGCGGUGGACCCGGCGCUGGCUCUGGCGCACCACAACAUGUCGUGGCGCAACCCGGCCGAGUUCAGGAUCGUGCUCACGGGCAAUGUGGACCGGGCGGCGCUGGAGCCGCUGCUGUGUGCCUACCUGGCCACAAUCCCGAAGACCGGACUGCCGCCGCCCAAGCUGCCCAAGGAGGUGACGCCGCUGCCGUACUCGUUUCCCGAGGAGCCGGUGGUGGAGGACGUCAAGGUGGCCAUGGUGUCGCCGGUGGCUCAGGCGCAGAUCACCUUCCCCGUCAGCCUGUCGAGACCCGUGGCCCGCGAGGAGCUGGUGUGGCUGUCGCUGGUGUGUCGGGCGCUGGAGACGCGGCUGCUGCAGAAGAUGCGCUUCGUGGCGGGGGACGUGUAUACGGAGCGUCAAAACAGGCACAGGCCUGGCGGUCACUCGGCGGCAUCCCGGACUCGGUUCCGUGCGCGGUCGCGAAGUCCAGGGCCUUUGAAGUUCAAUACUGCAGCAAUGUCAGCCAUGCAGGAGCCUCACUGGGCACAUGACAGCGUUGGAGCUGGCGUUGACACGACAUCUGAUACGCAAUCCCUGGCCUUCCCCGUGCCAACGGACACCGAAGCCGCGCUGGAGGAUUUCGAGGGCGCCGACGCCGUGCUGGAUGUUUUUGGGAACUUACACGACCUGGGUUCGGGCACAAGUCUGGACUCAGAAACGAUGGAACUUCUGCGCAAGGACUGCGCCGGUGACUUCGCCGAUGUCUCGGGGCCCGUUUGCGACGGCCUGGCGGGGGUGUGGCUGUCGCUGGUGUGUCGGGCGCUGGAGACGCGGCUGCUGCAGAAGAUGCGCUUCGUGGCGGGGGACGUGUAUACGGUGGCUGUGAGUCCCUUUUUCGGCUGUGUGGCGCCCAGCCUGGACGGCGACCCGCGGGGCGACAUCGCGGUCAUGUUCAGCUGCGACCCCGCCAACAAACAGCGCCUGGUGGGGCUGGUGCUGGAGGAGGUGUCCGCGCUGCAGCAGGCGGACCUGGCCGACCAGGAGGUGGCCACCCUGGUCAACCUGGACAAGCUCACCUUCGAGAACAGCCAGGCUGAGAACAGCUACUGGCACGACCUCGUGGUCACAGGCUACCAGUCCAAGUCGUACCAGCUGCUGGGCGGCGACCUGUCCGCCGUGUACGACAAGAACAUGGAGGCGCGGGAGAAGGUGCUGGGCAGCUGCACGCCCGCCACGCUGCGUGCCGCCAUGUGCCGGCUGUUCCCGCGGCCGCCCACCUGCCGCUACACGGCCAUCGCCAUGCUGCCCAGGCCCCCGGGUCUGUUCCACCGCCUGGGCGCGGCGCUGGCGGCACGCUGGUUUGGCACGUCUGGAUCCUACGCCUCCACAGCCCUGGCACCCCCCUCGCCGGCGGCGGUUUCCCCCGGAGGAGCAGGCGCAGGAGGCCGCAAGGCGCGGGGGCCAGCUGCUGCCGAAGAGGCAGGACGCGACGAGGAGGAGGAGGAGAUGGGUCCGGGUGGGGCCGGGCGGGGGUCGUUGUUUGCGACGGCGGCGGCUGCGCCGCCGGGGUCGAUGGUGGCUGCGGCGGUGGUUGCAAGUGUGGCGCUGAGUGCGGGGGUGAUGCUGUGGGCCAAAGCCCGGCGGCGGUAGUGGCGUGUGUGUUUGAGCGUGUGGGGUUGGGCGAGUGUGAGUUGUGUGCGCGGGUGGUGUGGAGGUGGUGAUGUGUGCUGCGGGAGGCCGUGGGAUGGGCGUGGCGUGUAAGCGUGUGUGUAUGGGUGUGCGUGUGUGUGGGCGUGUGUAUGGGUGCACGUGCGGCGCAUGCCGGACUGCCGCCUGCGAUGUACUGGGGUUUGGGGUAAAUGGUGGCGAGGUCGUGUGUGGCUAGGUCGGCAUAUCGUCAGGCACAGCUGUCUGGCUGUCGAUGUGUAUUAGAGAGCCUUUGCAGCGCUGUAUUAGAGAGGCUUUGCAGCGCUGCUAGCCCUCGACAGGCUGUGUUAGAGAGCACGUGGGGAAGGACGCACGAAGUGUGUGUGAUACGGUGCAACCGUGCAACGCUGACGACUGGGUGUUUACCGUGUGUGUGGCUGCAGUGAACUGAGGGGAGGCAGAGCGGCCGCGCCGCCGUGUGGGGGUGUCCGGUUGUCCGUGUGUGGCCACGGGAGGUGGGGUCCCGGGCAGGGGGUGAGCGACUAAGGAGGUGGUGUCGCAUGGCGCGACACGCAGACACCGCAGCGCUGAGGUGGCAGGCCGGCAGCAGUGGAACGGUGGAGAUUGGAGAGUAGUGCAGCCUGUGCAGUGUCCUUUAUGUAGGUGCUUGCGGAGGAGAUGUUGGCAUAUCGAGGAGCGCCUAGAUGAAGGCACUGGUGUGCAUAGGCUGGGCAAAAGGGGCCGCGGGGCGCACACUGGCGCACAGGCUUCGUGCGGCGGUCUGGGACCCAGCAGCUGUGGCCAUCGCGCGGAAUCUCGCGCAACACCCGUCUGCCGCUCAUGUAGUG